AUGGUCGCAGAUACGGCAUACUACGAUGCGCUUGGCGUCAAGCCAGAUGCGACCGACAUCGAGAUCAAGAAGGCCUACCGCAAGGCUGCCAUUAUUCACCAUCCCGACAAGAACCCAAACGACCCCACAGCCCACGAGAAGUUCCAGGUUAUCGGCGAGGCAUAUCAGGUGCUGCAGGACAAGGACCUCAGAGCUGCUUACGACAAAUAUGGAAAGGAGGCCGGUAAGCCCACUGAGGGCUUCGUCGACCCCGCCGAGUUCUUUUCCAGCAUCUUUGGCGGCGAGGCCUUUGUCGACUGGAUCGGUGAGAUCAGUCUCAUGAAGGAUCUGACAGCUACCAUGGACAUCACCAUGGCUAGCGAGGAGGAGGAGGAGGCUGCCGCCGCCGCCGCUGCUGCUGGGCAGACAGAAGAGGAGAAGGAGCUGCGCAAGAAGGAAAAGAAAAAGGGUGGCCUCUCUAAGGAGCAGCGCGAUCAACUUGCUGCCUACGAAAAGGAGCGUGCCGAAGUUCGAGAGAAGCGAAUUGCUGAUCUCACUCAGAAGCUGCUAGACCGUAUCAGUGUAUGGACCGAGACGGACAAGGGCAAGGAUGUGACCCAUGCCUUCCAGGAGAAGAUUCGAAUUGAGGUCGAGAACAUGAAGAUGGAGAGUUUCGGAUUGGAUAUCUUGCAUGCCAUCGGACAAGUCUACAUGAGCAAGGCUACGGGUCUACUCAAGAGCCAGAAAUUCCUUGGCAUCGGCGGUUUCUUCAGCCGCAUGAAGGACAAGGGUGCGCUUGUCAAGGACACUUGGAAUACUAUCUCAAGCGCUCUUGAUGCUCAACAGACUAUGGAGGAAAUGGCCAAGUUGGAACAGACCGGUGGCGAGGAGUGGACCGAUGAGAAGAAGGCCGAAUAUGAAAGACGGGUGACAGGCAAGAUCCUAACCGCAGCUUGGAGAGGGUCCAAAUUCGAAAUCCAGAGCGUUCUCAGAGAUGUUUGUGACAACGUAUUGAACGACAAGAAGGUAAAGCUUGAUAAGAGGCUUGAGCGAGCGCAAGCUUUGAUCUUGAUUGCGGAGAUUACAUCCAAGGUAUGUGAACACGAGCCCAAAAUGAUGAUGACUAAUAUCACUAACUGGGAACAGGCUCAAAGAUCUCCUGAUGAGGAGGGUGACUACAUGGCUUUCGAGCAGUUGGUGGCCGAUGCUGCCAUCAAGAAGGAGAAGGACUCCAAGAAGAAGACCAAGGACAAGGACCACAAGAGGCAUGGUCAUCACCAUGAGGAGACCGCCGAGGCAGGCAAUCUACCCAAGGAGAAGGCGUAA